GCAGUCUGAUCCACUAUGCAUAUCCUCGUAGCUGAGGACAUACGAGACCUCUCCGCACAGUUUAACCUGCCGGAAAGGCAACUAACAGAGUUUCUGUUGUCUGUGGAAGGACUGCGCACACUGAAAGCCAGCCAACUAAGGGACAUUCUCAGACAAGUGCAGGUUAAAUUGCAGCGCACCAUUCUAUUGUCCGGUACGAAGCUGGUGCUGGUGCAACGCCUCUCCGGGCUCUUACACGAGAGAGGUUCAGAGAAGAGACACGGGAUGUGUGGUGAAGAAGAUGCUGACCACGACACAUGCAAGAGACGAAGACCGUCCGUGAGUGAGUCAUCGUCCGGUGACGUUACGGUGGGUGGUGCUGCCGCAGGCGCGCACGACAGUUCGGUACUGCGCCGCUUUGACACAACACGCUCUCCGCUGUAUGCGCUGCUGUCUGUGGUGGCCGUUGUGCCUUACGGACACAGCGACGGAGGCUGCCAUAGGUAA